AUGUACAUUCUGUUGUUUGACUUGUCAUCUACGUGGUUUCAGUACUUUGGUGGAACAAACUUUGGUCGGAGUUCCGGCAGACCGUUCUAUAUUACUAGUUAUGAUUAUGAUGCUCCAAUUGAUGAAUAUGGCUUACUGAGUGAGCCUAAAUGGGGACAUCUAAAGGAUCUGCAUGCUGCUAUAAAGCUCUGUGAACCUUCUCUGGUUGCUGCUGAUUCACCCCAGUAUAUUAAAUUAGGACCAAAGCAAGAGCUUAGGAAUACAAGAACUGGGGCAACCAUAACAGCAAGGAUUGUGGAUCAGUGCAGCAAUGGGGGCUUAGAUUUGGACUUUAACACUAUAUUUAAGCCAUUAGACACCGAUGGAAUUGGAUAUCAACAAGGUUCUCUCCAAGUGGGCUACACAUUUGUCAAUUGUGGGGAUUAGUGAUGAUGAUCGAUUCAGCAGUACCAUUCUCGAAGAUAUAAAUCUCUUGGGAUGUAAUUAAUAACAAUAUAUACCAAAAACAUUCUGCUUAUAUAUAAAAAUAUAUAUAUAAAGCUGAUAUAUGGCUUAGUUAAG